AGCCAAUCAAGAUACACACAGCACCACAUUGGUGGUGUAGCGAUACGUCAGCUCUGCCAGCGUGGAAUACGGAGCGCCAGUCCAGGAAGUUAAAAUUUACAGGAUUUAGCGGGAUAACGAAGCUGUUCAGCCGUCAAUAUUAUAAUAUUUCCCACGUCCAUACAGAGUGGAUAGGCGGCGUACCCUUUUCUCAAGCUUUUCAACUGUCUGAAGCCACCGCGUCACAGGAUGAUGGUCGACCCCACACUCGCUGAAAUGGGCAAGAACCUCAACGAGGCCAUGAAGAUCUUGGAGGAUGGCCGAAAGGCAUCAGAACCGGAUGCAGAUAGACGACAGUUCAGCAGGAGUAGUAUCCCUGGACCCCUACAGGGAGAUGGGCAGGAUGUGGCCAGUAUACUCCAGCUGGUCCAGAAUCUCAUGCAUGAAGAUGAGGAGGAAGACAAGCCAAGCCAUCGCAGGAUGCAGAAUGUCGGAGAGCAAGGUCACAUGGCGUUGCUAGGACACAGCCUAGCAGCCUACAUCUCCGUGCUGGACAGGGAGAGACUCAGGAAGCUGAUCACACGCAUCGCGUCUGACACAACACUCUGGCUCUGCAGACUCUUCAGGUAUGAGAGUGGCUCAGCAUACUACCAUGAAGAUGACAGAGAGGGCCUGCUGAAGGUGUGUCGCCUGGUCAUCAACACCCGCUAUGAGGACUACUCCACAGAGGGCUACACCGUGCUCAACUCCAGACAGCCAGUCAUUUACCAGAGCGCCACCUGCAGGCCUGGCCUGGGACAGCACCUCUGCAGCCAACUGGGUCUGCCUCUGUCCAGCCUGUGCACCGUCCCCUGUAACACCAUGUUUGGAUCCCAGCACCAAAUGGACAUUGCAAUGCUGGACAAGCUGAUCAGAGAGGAUGUGGAGACUGGGAAGCUUCCAUUGCUGUUGAUCGCCAAUGCUGGCACCCCUGGGGCGGGACACACAGACAAGCUGGGCCGUCUAAAGGAGCUGUGUGAACAGUAUGGCAUGUGGCUCCACAUAGAAGGGGUCAACUUGGCCACCCUGGCUCUGGGGGAGGUCUCGUCCCCCGUGACGGCGGCCACCAGGAGUGACAGUAUGACCCUGACUCUGGGUCCGUGGCUGGGCCUGCCUGCUGUCCCAGCUGUCACCCUCUACAGACACGAGGACCCAGCCCUGUCUCUGGCAGCCGGGUUGACCUCCAGCCAGCCAGUAGAGAAGCUGCGUGCCCUGCCUCUCUGGCUCUCCCUGCAGUACCUGGGCCAUGAUGGGAUAGUGGCGAAGAUUAGACACGCUGUAGAGCUCAGCCAACAGCUUCUGGAGAAACUGAAGAAUCUGGCUUCCAUAAAAACUUCAGUGGAGGAUGAGCUCAACUCUCCAGUAGUUGUGUUCAGGUUCUCCCAGGAGACCAGUGCAGAAUCGAGUGGUGGUUCUGUAGAGGGCUACUUUGCUGGAGAGAGAGAAGUGCUAGAUACCCUCAACAGAUGGCUGUGUGAGCGGUUGGCACAGCUGGUGCCCGCCAGCGGGGUAGACAUAGUGGAGUUGGAGGACGAGGGCACCUGUGUCCGCUUCACCCCUCUUAUGACCGCCGCAGCCCUGGGGACCCAGAGGUGUGACGUGGAUCUGCUGGUGGAGCGGUUGACUGAGCUGGUUCCUGUGCUGAACUGUACGCUGCGUCUCAGACUGGACUUCAGAGAGGAGGUGUACCGCCACUCUGCCCUCAGUUACAUAGAGGACCUCAGCUGGCCUGGCCUGGGAGCCGUCAGGUAUGAGCCAAGGAUUGAGGAGCUGAACGACAGUAAGAGACAGCUGGAGGUGGAGAAGAUCAACAGUGAGCUGCUGGUGAAACUAGGGGAUCUGGACGCAGACCUCAUCAUCUCCACCGGCCUGGAGUUUGGACCCGAGAAGGACUGCAUAUUUAUUGGCAUGGCAACGGAGGACCUAGACGUGGCAGAGCUAGUAGAUACGAUAGCCACCCUGGGGAGGGACAUAGAGGAGAACGGCAGGCUAUUAGAGAACAUGACAGAGGUGGUGAGGAAAGGCAUCCAGGAGGCAGAGCUCCAGCUCCAGAAAGACAACCAGGACAAACUCAUGGAGGAGGGUGUGUUGAGACAGAUUCCUCUGGUCGGCUCCGUGUUGAACUGGUUCUCUCCGUUCCAGAGCACUGUGAAGGGCAGAACCUUUAACCUGGCUGCAGGUUCCCUGGACUCUACAGAGCCCACCUACUCCAUGAAGGCCCAGACAGGUGGGCUGGCGUCGCCAGAAACCCCUACCUCCUCUGCCAAGAGACUGCCAGGACAGAGGCUGUUCCGGCGCGAGGGUGCGGGGGGCUCUGACUCCCACAGUGAGACCAGCUCCGUGGGCCAGGCUGAGGAUCUCUCCAAGGAGAGGGUCCCACAACCCACCCCACCUAUCCCAGGCGAGGCGGUUUCCGUGGCCCCUGAGAGCUCAAAGACCCCCCAGGUGCCGGCUGAUCCCGAGCCCACGCAGGAGAACGGCGAGGUGGGUACACAGGAAGGGGAAGAGGAGGAGAGACAGCCUGAGGGCCAGGAGGCACCAGUGGAGGAGACAGGCAGAUAGGACAGCCCCCAGGUCAGAGUUAUUUGAAACCAGCUCUGAAAGGUUCCAGGCCAGUCCAGCAGGUGUUGCAGAGCAGGGAUUCAUUCCAUUCUCAAAUGAUUCUCCCUUGCCUCUUUUCUUGACAACUGUCUCCUUAUAGAUCUAAAGGGACUGGAAACUGGGAUGAGAGAUAAUUAGACAGCAAAGGCUUCAUUUAGCCUACCAGAAGGGUUGCCAUUUUAUCUCUACUUUAUUCUUUCUUUCCAGUCCCUUGAUGACUGGGAGAGGUCAAGGACAAAGGGACGGAACCAGGAUUUCAGAAUGGAAUCCAGCCUUAGUCUCUAGGGUUGUGUCUGACUGUCUGAGGACUCAAUCAUUGUGGUUUAAUAAAUAACUAUGUAGGAGUAGGACCUAAGAACUCUGGUCAAGCAGGAACUACACCUGAGGCAGGGAGUCAAAGGUGAAGGGUCGUCUGAGGACUUCCUGGUUCAUGGCCUUCAGUCGGUCUCGUCAUGGCCCGGAGGUAAAACGGCUUAUAUGCAAGCCAAGUAACAUGUGACUAAUACUGGAAAUAAAACAAUUUUAGUUUGUAUGUAAUGUAUACACACCUAUUUCUAUCCACUCAAUCGCCAUCAUGAUCAGUAAAACCAGCUCUAUAUAGAGGGAAAUGUAGUAGAAAAAUGAAAGCAUAC